UGUUUAUCUUAAAUUUUAAUUCUUUCCAAUAUUUUUAAUGACAUUUAGAUUAAAAUUCAAUUAUAAAAUGGAUUAUAAGUGAUCCAAUGUGCACGAUUUUGUGUUUGUUCACUUUCAUGUGAUGUGAAAAUUGAUUUGUAAACUUCUGUUGCUUUUGGAUCGUUUUUCACGGAAUAAUCUUUCUUCGCCUUUUUACAAUUAGGGUCUGAUCCGAUCAUGUCUGUGAUAAUUUCGCGUUUCCUUGCAGCAAUGACGGAAGGAUUUGCAACCAUCGGUAAUUUUGAUGAACUUGGUUUCGGUUCUUUCUUUAUUUCUUCUGGUUCCUUGCUGGUUGAAGCUUUCAUUCUUGCAUUUCGCGCUUCCAUUCUUGUUCGCAUCAUGUCAACAUCUUCUUCAUUUCCAUUGAGAAUGACAACGUCUUGUUCAGAGUAAGGAGUCUGACAUAUGUUGCAAAUAUUUGAUUUCAGUUGUUUAAGUGCUCUUUCUGAGAAAACACAACCACAUGUCCAUAAUGCUACAAAUCUGAAUUGACCACUCAUUUCCAAACCGAUAAGAGCGCAGA